AUGGGGCAUCGUUGCUAUGUCAUAUUUGUCUUGCUAUUCCCUACUGUUGAAUUCGUUACUUUGGGUUAUACAACACAUUCAAGAGUGAAUAAAAUUGAUGGGGAUGCUUCGAGACUUGUUAAACAAAGGAUAAUUUAUAAGGAUGGCAAUCUUAAGAUUCCUCGUUCUUAUUCCAGUAAGUAUUAUCGGUAUUAGAGGGUCCUGAAGGGGGGGUCGUAUUCCCAUUUCCCAGCCCAAAUUUUGACUAAAUCCCAUUGUCCCAGAGCACAAAUCCCAUCAUCUCAGUGGCUGUCCUGUUCAAAUCUUAAUCCCAUUCCCAUUUUCUAUUGUUUUUUUUGCUGAUGAAUCCCAGUCCCAGUGCAUGAAAUCCCAUUUUCCCACCCAAAAAUAAGCAAAUCCCAGUUCCCAUUUUACCCCUUCAGGACCCUCGUAUUACGGUCUUUCUCGAAAUCAGAUGAUCUUCUUUACUCGAAAUCAGAUGAUCUUCUUUACAUCUGUAAAUAGAUCGUAUUUUUCACCCUGCUCGGUUUCCUUUGUUCUUAUCGGGGAAUAUAUUCAAUAUUCCCCUCUAAUCAAUUUCCAUUUAAUAAUUCCCUCUAAUAUUCACCUGUAAUGUCUUGAGAAAAAACAACAUAACGAAGGCAAUAUGGCAUUAAGAAUUAUUUCUAUUCUGACUCAUUAACGCGACCUCGCAAUGUGAAAAAUAAGUACGUUAUUUUGAGGCACCUCGGGGAUAUGUGUUUAUUCACCUAGGCGCUGCGCGCCUCGGUGAAUAAAUCACAUAUCCCCUCGUUGUCUCAAAAUAACCUAUAUACGUAUUUCUCAUUAAAGAUAAUAUAGCAUUUUAAAAAAUGGGUAAUUUGAUUCCAAGACAAAGUAAUAUGGCAGUCCGACUGACGACUACCCCAUGCAAAAUCUCACAGCUUAUCAAAAAGAUGUGUUCGCAACAGGCUUGUAGCAAGCUUGUCAACAAGUUGUAACAAUACUGUUAUUUUAUCAAGCUACUACAAGGUUGUCACUCACAACUUGAAUUGCAGGACGAUAACAGGUUGUCGGAGCAUGUAUGUUGAGCUCUACAACCUUGUGGCAAGUUGUCAACAAGCUGGGAACAAGCAGUGCGAACACAUCCUGUUGACAAGUUGUUGGAACAGCAUUGCUACAAGCUAGUCUGCUGCAGGUUUGCUACAACGUAUGCCUUUUUACGUGUAUAGUGUUAGGACGCCGUUGUCAUACCGUAAGAAAAAUACAUAAUAUAUAUUCUUUCUUGUUUUUUCUAGGCGAACGAAAUACAAACCGAAUUGACAACUUAACCCCAUCCCAACGUCAAAACCAAAUUGCCACAAACACAGAGUUCAUCAGCGCGCGUGAACCGGGCACAGCACGCAAGAAAAAACGAAGUUUAUGUUCAUGUGAAUAUGCACCAUGUUGCGAAGAGAACUGUUGGACCGAAUGCUCGGAUCCAUGCCCCUGUCCAACAGCGCCGCCAGCCACAACUCCAAGAGUCCAUCUCUUGCAAAUACCUACUGGACCACCAAAGGUUUUGGUUUUGCAACCGAACGCUCCCCCCGUAUAUCAACCACCGACCAACAAUGUUCGUACGGUUGGUUUACACCCUGGCAUCAUGACAGGGGGGGUAGAAACGGUAAAUACUUAUAAUCCGCCUCAACAGCCUACACAAAAUUUUGUAUUCCGCGUCCCGCAAAAUCAGGGACAGACUUUAACUAAUCUGGUUAAUCCUAAUCAGGUUGCAAAUACUAAUCCAGGAUUAAAUGCCGUCAUUGUUAAUCCUAAUCAACCAUCUUACACCGUUCCUGUAAAUAAUGUCCCUCUUACAAAUACUAACGGCAUCAGGUACACUGUUUUGAAUCCACAAUCUGGUUAUCCCAACACAAAUCAAGGUACUCCAAACCAGCCAAUAAACACAAAUACUCUUGCUAAUCAGGGUAUUAAUUAUGGCAAUCAAGGACAAAAUUAUGGUAAUAAUCAAGGUUUGAAUAUUAAUCAAGCAUCUAAUUAUGGAGGUCAAGGUGUUAUUUAUGGAAACCAAGGCGGCAGUACCAAUAAUCAAGGCGUCUAUACCAACAAUCAAGGCGUCAAUACCAAUAACCAAGGCGUCAAUACCAAUAAUCAAGGCAUCAAUACCAAUACUCAAGGCGUCUAUACCAAUAAUCAAGGCAUCAAUACCAAUAAUCAAGGCAUCAAUACCAAUAAUCAAGGCAUCAAUACCAAUAAUCAAGGCGUCAAUACCAAUAACCAAGGCGUCAAUACCAAUAAUCAAGGCGUCAAUACCAAUAGUCAAGGCGUCAUUACCAAUAAUCAAGGCGUCAUUACCAAUAAUCAAGGCGUCAAUACCAACAAUCAAGGCGGUAAUACUAACAAUCAAGGUUCAACAACUGAAAACCAAGUGUCUAAUGCGAUUCGUGUUCCCAAUUCGUUCGGUCAAAACUCCCAAACUUCUGGAAAUUCGGGCACCUCGAACAACGUUAAUCCAACCGGAUCUGCUAAUACAGCCGGAUCAACUAAUACAGCCGGAUCUGUUAAUCCAGCAGGAUCUGCUAAUCAGCAAUCUGGUAAUGAGGUUGAUAAUUCGAAUCAGAUACAUAAUCCUUUUGCGCCAAAUGGUCAAUUAUCUAAUUCAAGGGCAAAUCCAACUACUAAACCAGCUGGAUCUAAUAAUCAGCCUGCAUCAACUAAUCAAGGCGGAUCAACUAAUCCGGCUGGAUCAAUUAAUCCGGCUGGAUCAACUAAUCCGGCUGGAUCAACUAAUCCGGCUGGAUCAACUAAUCCGGCUGCAUCAACUAAUCCGGCUGGAUCAACUAAUCCGGCUGGAUCAACUAAUCUGGCUGGAUCAACUAAUCCGGUUGGAUCAACUAUUCCGGCUGGAUUAACUAAUCCGGCUGGAUCAACUAAUUCGGCUGGAUCAACUAAUCCAGCUGGAUCAACUAAUCCGGCUGGAUCAACUAAUCCGGCUGGAUCAACUAAUCCGGCUGGAUCAACUAAUCCGGCUGGAUCAACUAACCCGGCUGGAUCAACUAAUCCGGCUGCGUCAACUAAUCCGGCUGCAUCAACUAAUCCGGCUGCAUCAACUAACCCAGCUGGAUCAACUAAUCCGGCUGGACCAACUAAUCCGGCUGGAUCUAAUCCACAAGCCGCCAAGCAGGAUAGCAACCCAUUUGCACCUAGUGGAAAAUUAUCAACUACAAACAAUAAUUCCCCAAACGUUCACUUUGUCAACGACAGGCACUCGUCUGAAAACGCUGUCAUGCCAAACAAAAUGCAGCAUUCUCAAUUCGAACAAACACACUCCAACCGAAAAGUACCCACAUCAACUCGGCAACGACAAAAAUCGGACUCGUUUCAUGGCCAACAAUUUGAACACCACUAUGAAAGACCGAGACCUAAGGAAAGUGAAAAAAUACCAUUGGAUCAUCAACGAGAAAUGUCGAAAGCAAUAUAUAGCAACAGAUUGGCAAGACACCCAGAUAAAGGCCCGAAAAAUGGAAAAAAUCCAUUAAAUAUAGUCAUCCAAACUUAUAGCAAACCAUCAAGUCAAAACACCCAAAGAGCGCCUUUAGAGAAACUCAUGCAUAAACUCUUCAAAAAACUUUCGAAAAUUAACGAAACAACAGCCAAACUUGAAGGCAUGGGAAAAGGUGGUUUCAUAGAGAAAAUGGCGAACAGUAAAGUAGUUUCGCCUGUACGAAAGGUUGAUAAAAAGCGCGUACGGCAACACGCAUUUGCCAAACGUCGGAAGAAGAAAUUUACUCGACAUAAGUUAUUAAUGAAAGUUAAGCCGAAGACGUCCGCUCAUUCUUAG